UUGACGUUUGCUGUUUCGAAAAUUUACUAAAAAUAAUGUUAGUUCGAUUCGUUUUUCUAGUAUUAUGUACUUUGGUUUAUAGAUGCAUCUGCACGAAAAUAUUUCAAAGAAUACAUAUUCUUUACGAUCGAAUUGAAUUUGAUUAGAAAGAAUGUGUAUCUGCAAUCAUUGUAACAACUUCUCCACCGUUUCCCCUUUAACAUUGAUGUAUAAAAAAUGCGCAUUAAAAACAUACCGAGUGCAAUUACGUAAAAGAUUAUAUUACGUAUUAUCGUUAUUAUAAUUACUUAAGUGUGGUACAAGCUUAUUUCACUCUUACGAAAUAAUAUCACGUACAAACAAGCGAUUAGAUAAAGCCAUGCGGUAAAAUAUAUUCGAUUUCCUGGCAAUCCUUUUACUUCUUGCAAACGCUAUCGUUCAACACAUUCUGCGCAAAGAAACUUCAUAUUAAAGCGAAGAUUAUUUCUACGUAAAAACUUCUACGAAUUUCAUUAUUUGGUGUCUUUACGUUCAUAGAUCAACCAUGACCACUCUGGAAAUCAGUGAACUCAACAUUACAAAAAAAGAACUUCACGCACCAUCGCUUAACGAAAUUAAAGAUGUUUUAGAACAAGGUUUAAUCAAAAAUUUUUCUGAGGUCCAAGUAGAAGUUGUUGACUGCCCAGAUUUAACACAAAAACCAUUCACCCUUGCUGCACCAGGAUUGAAUAAGAAUGCAACAUUGUUUGAAAUUGGUGGUCCAUCGUUUUUGCUUCCCUCUGUGCAAAGGAACAAGUUAUAUAAUAUUCAGGAGCUUCUAAAUAAUGUACAAUGUUGCAAAGACUCCUUUGUUAUUGGAGCAGGUGCUGGACCAUGGCCUCACUUAAAUUCUAACUGCGAACUCAUAAUGAACAUGGUUGUUUCAUCUUCUGGUGUUAAAAAUGAAACUCGUAUUUCGACUGUUAAUCAAACAAACGGAGAUUGUAUACUACAAACUUUACCCAACAGUGAAACAAGAUUAGCUUUGUUGGCCAACUUGUUUGUCAGCGAAGGAAAACCAGGACCUGUCUUAAAAGUGCAUGCCAAGAAACGUACUGGCAGUGAUGAUUUUAUUGCUUGCAUGCAAAAAGCAAUUGCGCGACAUUAUAAGCACGAACUUGUUGGAUUAGGGGGAACAUUUUUAAUGAGUAAUGGAAAAAUUAAACAGCACGUCAUGCCAGAUUUUUCUAAAACCCCACUUAAUACAGAAACACAGCUGAACAAUUGGUUGUAUUUCUAUAACAUGUCGACGCCUCUUAUAGCUGUUGGUACAUUUGUCAGUUCUGAAAGUGAUCUGGAUCUUCGUGUUCAACACUUCCAUAGUUUCUCUCACCAUGGGGAAGGUGGUCAUUAUCAUAUUGAUACGACUCCAGAGAGUAUUGAAUAUUUAGGAUACUUUAAUGUGGGUACUACGCUCUAUCGUGUGGAUAAACCAUUAACUGCUUUGCAGUUUGGAAAGGAUUAAUCUUU